AUGGAGGUUCGUUUGGCGUUACCAGCGAUGGGCGGGUUGCCGUUGACAAGCUGUGGGGUGGAUAUCGGCACGGUGAGAGUCGGUGAAGGGUCGCUGUGGGGUGGACUUGUGUUCCUUCUUCCCGCCCCGGCCCCAAUUCGCAUGACCCCCCCUCCCCAUCCCAUCCAUCCAGCCUCGCAUCCUACGUGUAACCCCCUCGCAUCUGCCCCUACCGCACAGGCGCAUCUACCCCUACCGCACACGCGCAUCUGCCCCUACCGCACACGCGCAUCUGCCCCUACCGCACACGCGCAUCUGCCCCUACCGCACACGCGCAUUACUCACAAAGGCAACACCCCUUCUUUCCCCCCUUCCCGUUACCUCUUUCCCCCUUUCUCCCCCUUCCGCUCCCAGAUCCGCACCUGCUUCUCCCACCCACACCGACUUCUGCCCCAUCAACAGCACAGGCGCGGGCGCACUGAUCAGUUCACCCAGGCAGAGGCUGCUGACGUGGCGGAGUUGCGCGAUAGGCUGCAGGCGUAG